AAAUGCAGGAAGAGUGCGAUUUUCAAGUCACUUUGGAGAAGAAACUAUCGGUUGAAGCUAGGCUCGACGCUGUAGCAAGUAGUACCAAUUUGUCUGAAACAGAAAUGAAAAAAUCGAUACCAGAAGAUUCAUCGGUGGACUUCGAAGUUCUAUCCACCUCGUCAUCCGACGUUCUCACAAAAAUUACUUUAGAAUCGUUGAAAAACGAAAGCACAUCAGACGACCAAGCGAAUAAAUCAACCCUCGACUCUAUACCGGAAGUCGAUAACGAGGACGACUCCAAUUGGCUGUCGUAUUUCGAUUGUAACGCGAUCUUCGAUGUAACCUGUGAAAAUCUGUCUUACUACAAUUCGACGAAAGCUGAAAAAGACAGUGAUAGCGAUAUGGAUGACACUUUGACUUUUGACGAUGCUGAAGAAGGUGAAUCUAUCACUCUGGACGAAAACGAUAGUUGUUGCACCAAGUCUUAUCGCCAGCGAUCGUUUGAAGAAGUUUGUGAAAAGAAGCUUGACAGACUUGACCAAAUGACAGAUAAUAACCAUCCCACUGUUGUCUCUGAUAAAAUUUCUCUGAUCGAGAUAAACCGCGAACGAAAUAUUUGCAAGGAGACUCGUCAAGAUAUUGCAAGCAAAAACGAUAAAAAUAUCGACUGUGAUUCAGAAGAUCAAACGAUCGAUGAUCGAACUAAGGAAGCAAAUAUAGAAAUGGAGGAGCGUGAAAAACGUAUGGAAAAUCAGAAACAUGAUUUUGUUCACAUCAGUAACGAAGAACUGAUCGAAGAAGCGAACAAGAUGUCAGACAGUUCACAUUUUUUAAGCGAUUGGGAUGAUGAAGACGAAAGAAAUUUGGUUUAUUCUUCGCCUAAUGUGAAUAUUUCUGCUUAUUUUAAAUUUAGAGAUAGUAUGAAAGAACCUAAAUUUGAAGCAACUUUGGAACAACCAACUUCUAUAUUUUCGAAUAAAGGAAAUAAAGAGCCAUUGCUUUUGGAAGAAAUUGUCGGAGAAUCUACCGAAAAUGAAAAAGAAGCGACAACGAAUGAAGUAGAAGAUCAAUCUACGAAAGAAUCAAAAUCGGUAGAAGAUUUGGUAAAAAAUUUUACGGAUGAUGUACGUUCAAGUCAAGGACAGGGAAUGAAGUUCGUAGAACUGGGUUCUCCAGAAGAAUAUUUAGAAAAAUUAGCAGAGAUCACGGAAGCAGAUUGUCCAAAAUCCGAGGAGGAAGUUCAGGAAAAGUUGAGAAAAAUCGCCGAGGGGAAAGCAAAGAUAGAAAAUAGGAAAAACGAGGCUUUGAAGGAUCUGUCUGUUGAAUUUAACGAGAUCGAGAAGCUUGUUGCAGAAACGAAAUCUAUCGAACAGUAUAAUAGCGAAUCUGACGAAAGUCUGGACGAAUCGAAGGAAGAGGAUGGCAUCGAGAUGCCUUUGACGAAAGAUCAAGUAGCUGAAAGUUUUAAGAUGAAGAAUACUCAAAAGGAUAUGGAAGACGAGGAGAAACGUCGUGCAGAAUCGUUGCAAGAAUGUCUGCAAGUUAUUCCAAGAAACCCAGAAGAUUUGGAAGAUAUUGUUGAAGAAAAGCUUGUGGGAAAUUUUAAAAAUAUUUCUAAAGAAAAAGUCGAACAAAAGCUUGAAGAUGCUAUGGAAGAAGAGACUAUUAAAAAAAUUAUUGAAGAUAAAAUUAUACAGAAUCUGGAAAAUAUUGUUGAAGAAAAAAGUGUAGAAAAUGUUGGAAAUAUUACUGAAGAGAAAAUUGAAACUGACGAUGCUAUCGAUAAAUCAGGAACUUCGAAAGAAACUACUGGUGAUACAAAAUCAACGUCAGAAACGGCGAUCAGAGGUAUUGUCCAAGAUAUUAUCGAAGACACAGAAGACUCGAUUUUUUGGCAAUUCUACAAACAACCGGAGAGAACGUACAUAAAAGGAAAAGUUUACGAUUUCGACCCCAAGAAACACGGUGUCAGGAUGACAGAGGAGUUUUUGAAGAAGCACUGCAAAAUAAAUAAACUGUACCAAACCCCUCAUCUGAAUGACGUACUUUAUCUUCAUUACAAAGGUUUCUCAUUCAUCGAGAAUCUGGAGAAAUACACAGGCCUAAGAUGUCUAUGGCUGGAGAACAACGGUAUCCGUGAGAUCGCGAACCUGGAGAAUCAGAGCGAGUUGAAGUGUCUUUAUCUCCAUAACAAUUUGAUCAAUAAAAUCGAGAAUCUCGAAUGGUUGACGAAGCUAGACACUUUGAACCUCUCGCACAACACUAUACGGAGGAUCGAGAAUCUCGAUAGCCUCAAGUUCCUGAAUACUCUAAACCUGUCGCACAACUACUUACAAGAUACCAAUGACAUUGAGCACCUCCGAUUGCUGGAUAGCCUCUCGGUACUGGAUAUUUCUCACAACAGGAUAGACACCGACGAAGUCGUUAAUGUGAGUCCGUUAUGUUUCCUCAAUCGUGUGGCUCUGGCGUCACUUCGACGGCUGCUUCAGAUCCUAGGAGAUAUGAAAGAAUUGCGCGUGGUAUCUUUGAUGGGCAACCCAAUUCUAAAGAAGAUCAGACUGUAUCGUAAGACCAUGAUCUUGAAGUGUAAAAACCUCAAGUAUCUCGAUGACAGACCUGUAUUCCCAAGAGAUCGUGCCUGUGCAGAAGCUUGGUAA